ACGGUGGUGGCCGCGGGGCCGGUGUCAGGUGAUCCGAGCUGGAGCAGCGCUGAGCUGGAGAGUGCGGGCCCGUGUCUGUGCACCAGAGGCCGGCAUACAUCGGUGUCCUGGCUCGGUCCAUGGACGAGACGAGUCCCUUGGUGUCUCCCGAGCGUGGCCCGGCUCCGGGAUAUGGGCUGCCGGGGGGCGCCGUGCGCUCCCCUUCCUCCUCCGCCGCCCCCAGCAUUCCCUCCGGACCUUGCCCCUGUCCGUCGCCGCCGAGCUCUCCCGCAGGCGGCCGCGACCGGGAGCGCCAGCCCUUGCUGGACCGCGGCGUGGGUGCAGAGCGCGGGGCGCGAGGGCCUUCAGGGGCGGGCGGGGUGGCCCAUGCUCAGGCUCCAGCUGGGUCCGGGUCAGGGACUGCAGUGGCUCGCGGGGAGCGAGAGCCACGCAACGAGUUCCCAGAUGACCCGGAAUUCGCCGAGGUGGUGCGGCUGGCAGAGUUGGCAAGUGAGCGCGGCAUCUACCCCGAGCGCAUCUCCCAAGGCUCCAGUGGCAGCUAUUUCGUCAAGGACCCACAAGGGAAAAUUAUUGGUGUGUUUAAACCCAAGAAUGAAGAGCCUUAUGGGCAGCUGAACCCAAAGUGGACCAAGUGGCUGCAGAAACUGUGCUGUCCUUGCUGUUUUGGGAGGGACUGCCUAGUCCUCAACCAGGGGUAUCUGUCUGAGGCUGGUGCUAGCCUUGUUGACCAGAAACUGGAACUGAACAUUGUUCCGCGCACAAGGGUGGUAUACUUGGCCAGUGAAACAUUCAACUAUAGCGCCAUUGAUCGUGUGAAGUCCCGGGGCAAACGUCUGGCUCUGGAGAAAGUGCCAAAAGUUGGACAGAGGUUUCACCGAAUUGGCCUUCCUCCAAAGGUGGGCUCUUUCCAGCUGUUUGUGGAGGGCUACAAAGAUGCAGAUUACUGGCUGCGGCGCUUUGAGGCUGAGCCACUUCCAGAGAAUACUAACCGCCAACUGCUGCUGCAAUUUGAGAGGCUGGUGGUGCUGGACUAUAUAAUUCGCAAUACUGACCGGGGUAAUGACAACUGGCUGAUCAAGUAUGAUUGCCCACUGGAUAGCACAAGCAUGCGGCAGGACUCAGAAUGGGUAGUGGUGAAGGAGCCAAUCAUUAAACUGGCUGCCAUUGACAAUGGCCUGGCUUUUCCCCUCAAGCAUCCAGACUCUUGGCGAGCCUAUCCUUUUUAUUGGGCAUGGCUGCCGCAGGCCAAGAUGGCCUUCUCACAGGAGAUCAAGGACUUGAUCCUGCCAAAGAUUUCUGACCCUAAUUUUGUUAAAGAUCUAGAAGAAGAUCUAUAUGAGCUUUUCAAGAAGGAUCCUGGUUUUGACAGGGGCCAGUUUCACAAGCAGAUUGCUGUCAUGCGUGGCCAGAUCCUGAACUUGACGCAGGCCUUGAAAGAUGGGAAGAGUCCCCUUCAUCUGGUCCAGAUGCCCCCUGUCAUUGUAGAAACUGCUCGCUCUCAUCAGCGCUCAGCCAGUGAGUCCUACACACAAAGCUUCCAGAGCCGCAAACCUUUCUUUUCUUGGUGGUAGCAGUUGCCCUCUUCUUCAUCGAGGAACUUGUGGGAGAGUGCGCCUUGACAGUGGGCAGCCGAUCCUCCAGACCAAGACAGCUGUGCUGCAGCCAGUGGGAGAUGUAUGCUGGAACUCCCAUCAGCCUUGACUUGGAACAUUCCCAGCAGGAGGGGAAGGGGUCUUCAUUAGACUGAUUGCUACUCCCUUCUCCCUGUGGGCUGGACAUACCUCCUCCCCAAUCUGGGCUUGGCAGCAUCUCUGAGCAGGUGCCUGCAUGCAGCACCGUUUGGCUCCUAGGUACUCUCUCCUUAAAUCCUUUGCCUGGGAAUGUCAGAGGCAAGGGGAGUAUCUUUGUCGGAUGGAAGUGCUAUUGCUCUGUGUGCAACUGCCAGCCUUGAUAUCCAUUCCUCCCUUACUGUACCUUCUUGCUUACCCUGCUCAAGAAGGCAGAUGCCUCCUAUCCAGCUAGUCCUGCUCAGCUAUCAUUGGCCCCCUACAGGCCUGCUCCUAGUGCUUUGUGUAUUGGUACUAGGCCACAGCCAGCUGCUAUUGGAGGAAUCCAGGUGGGAGAGGGACAAGGGUUGGACCAGUGUCUCUUGUGACUGCUAAAUGCUGGGGGUGCACAGGACUAUUGAAAGUGAGCCUGUAGAUGAGGCAGCACUUUUGUGCUUUCCUUUUGCCAUACAGUAGAUUUUAAUUUAGUUUUAAAUAAUUCGCUCGAUGUGCAUACUCUCAUGCGCUCCACUCAGUCCUAGAGCAAGUGAGAGGGAGGCUCAGCAAAUCUUUCAUACCCACCUACAGUGGUACCUAGAGUAAUUUUAAUACUAGCUCUCCUCUUUAGAUAAGUGGGAUGGGGGAGGGGUAUGAGAGAAGGAAAGACCAGUUCAUUGCCUGAUGCUGUUCUCUCAAUUCCUGUGGGGUGAGGAAGAGAAAAUACCUUCCUCAGUCUAGGGUUGAGCAUUGACAAUCGUGGGAAAGAUGCUCUUUCUUGUGACUAGCAGGGAGAUAAUCUGAGGUUAAGAUUGCUACCAUCUUGAGACUAUGCUGGGUGUAUAACUAGAUGAUACUACGACCACUGCUUUUCUGAAGGCUACUGUGCUAAAUCCAUGGCAACAGAAACUGCCCCUUGGAAACUGUCUAUAUAAGCAUCCUAGCUUUCUCCUUGGGCACUGCUCACUAAGCUGUGGGCCCAGGCUGCUAGGAGAGGCCUUGUGCCAAGCCAAGCCCAGCUUCCUUCCUCUUCUGAGCAGAGGGGCUGGUACCCUGUAGGUGGGAUCUGCCAUUUUCCUCAUGGUCCUGGCUGGAGUGUAGGCUUCCUGCCGUAUGUGCCAGGCUGAAGCUACUGCACUUUGCACUAGGGGAUACUUUUCAUUCUGUCAGCCUGAACUGAAAUGUAUCAUUCUUAUGCACUGUAGAAAUGUAUGUAAUAUUUAAAUCAAUGCAAGUAUCUUCAUAACAAGUCUGCAGUUGCGGCAGCA